UUCAAAUUUGACGAGAGAUGAGCGUCACGCUUUGUAUACUUUAAGAGAUGAUACUUCGAUAAUUAUCAAGAAGGCUGACAAAGACUCAGCAGUCGUAGUGUGGGACAGGUCAGACUACCUUCGGGAAGCUGACAGUGAACUUAAUGAUAAGAAGGUGUACGAAGAGGUGCAAGGAGAUGUUGUCAGUCCUCUUGUAAAUAUUAUCAAGUCACAUCUCAGUAAAGUUAAAUUAAGAGGUGAUGUUAGUAACGAAACGAUGAAAUAUUUUUGUUGAAAAUCCGAGAGUAGGAAGAUUUUAUUUGUUACCUAAAGUUCAUAAGCGCCUGCAAAAUGUUCCAGGCCGACCUGUUAUUUCUAACUGUGGUUACUUUACAGAAAACAUUUCGUCGUUUGUAGAUUAUUAUCUACAACCAAUUGCAAAAACAGGUCAAGUCAUUCAUUAAAGAUACGAAUGACUUUUUAAGAAAAUUGAGAAACCUUCCUACUCUACCGGAUGAUGUUUUACUCUGCACGGUCGAUGUUGUAGGACUUUACCCUAAUAUCCCUCAUCAGGACGGGUUGGCAGCUUUGCGUAGGGUGUUAGAUGUUAGGGAGGAUAAGAGCGUCUCCACAGAAACCUUGAUGGAUCUUGCGGAGUGCGUUCUCCAGAAUAAUGUGUUUAAACACAACAAUAGGUUUUUUAGGCAGUUUCAAGGAACGGCAAUUGGUACAAAAAUGGCCCUUUCAUAUGCCAAUAUUUUUAUGGGUGAUUUGCAGGAGCAGUUUUUGGAAUCCUCAGUGCUCAAGCCUCUUGUUUGGUGGAGAUGUAUUGAUAAUAUUUUUAUGUUGUGGCAGCAUGGAGAGGACAAAUUGAUUAAGUUCCUUGAACUUUUAAAUAGUUGCCAUCCCACCAUUAAGUUUACCCAUUCAUUUUCUAGAGAUAGUGUUAAUUUUUUAGAUGUAAAGGUUAUUCGCAAAGACAACCACCUUAUUACCGACCUAUAUGUGAAACCUACUGAUACUCAUCAGUAUCUGCAGGCUUCAUCUUGUCACGUUCCUCAUUCCAUCAGAGGUAUAGCAUAUAGUCAGGCACUUCGGCUUAAUAGGAUUUGUUCAGAGGGAGAGUUUUUCGAUAAGAGGUGUAAUGAGCUGGAAUCAUGGUUGCAGAAUAGAGGUCACAGUAGUAAGAUGGUGAGAAAGCAAGUACUUAGGGCUCGAAAAUUCAGAGAGAUGACUUGCUGA